AUGGACUUGGAAUUGAGUGGUCGCAGAAGACCGGACACACCCUCUUCCUCCUCCUCCUCCUCAUCCUCGUCUGCUUCUUCCUCCUCAUCCUCUUCCUCUUCUGAAAAUGAUGACUCAUCUGAUCAAGAUUGGGAAGAAGAGGAGGGUCUUCGAAAAAGAGAACGAGAUCGACGGAAAGUAGAGAGAGAGCUUCAGAGGCGGCGAAAUAGGGAGAGGCAUAUAAGAGAGAGAGAUCGUCAGCGUCGCCAUGAGAGAAUAAUCAUCCCCCCUCCCCCUGCCUCUCAUCGACCACUUACUCCACCACCUUCAAUUCCUCUUCCCACUCCACCAUCUCCACCAAGAGCUCCUCCUUGCUUGACCUGGUUUGAGAUGGAAGGUUUACAUUGCCUUGUAAUGAAGCUUGAGUCUCUUCCCCCACAUAAGAAAUCUGUGCCUGAUGGUAUCCAUGACCCAGAUGCUCUCCUCUGUGACAUCAAGAAACGUAAGGCUGUGGACAACUGUGAUCGUGACCCACACUUCUCUGCCAAAGUUUUGCGACCACCGCUUGGUCAGAGUUCUCCAUCUCCACCUCUUCUCCUCCUGCCACCUUCUCCCUCAUCUGGUCCACCAACUCCACCUUUGGCCACACCACAGAUCUCACCUGUAACUCGUGAUGAUCGGAUCAAGAGACGUCAGUUGACUCGUGAGAAAGAGAACCAUCCAAGUGGACGUGAGCGAUCAGACUCAGAACGAACGCGUUUUAGAAGUUCCUACCUAACAGUCACACUCCAGCGGCCACCCAAAGAACUUAGUUGCCAUUCCAUUGUACCCAAACUGCAAGCCAUUACCCCGAAUACUCGACAGUCCAAUCACUCAGUUGCCAUACAACCACAAUAUGAGGAGGAGGAGGAGGAAGAAGAGGAAGAUGAGGAAGAGGACGAUGAGGACGAGGAGUUUGAGAAUGGUCCUAUGUUGGAGCAAAGGAAAGAGCAACUCUCGAUGCAGAAAGAUGUCUGGCUAUCUGUCUUCCAGUAUCUGACACGCAAGGAGCUUUGUAUGUGUAUGAGGGUCUGCAAAUCUUGGUAUAAAUGGGCCUGUGACAAACGUCUCUGGUGCCGGAUUGAUGUCAGCCGCUGCAAGUCUUUGGUUCCACAAGCUCUCAGUGGUAUUAUUAAGCGACAGCCGGUACACCUUGACCUAAGCUGGACAAAUGUGUCUAAAAAGCAGCUUACUUGGCUGGUAAACAGAUUGCCUGGACUUAAGGAUCUAAUACUUGCUGGUUGCUCGUGGUCUGCUGUCUCAGCUCUCAGUGGCUCCAGCUGUCCCCUCUUGCGGACACUAGAUCUGCGGUGGGCUGUGGGUAUCAAAGAUGCUCAAAUAAGAGAUCUCCUCACAACAGUUUCUGAAAAACCAG